UUACCCUGCAAAUCGAGAAAGCGACAGGAGAUGCGUGCCACAUACUGGACAACGUGAGAUUGUGUUCAUCAAUUUUAGGGAUUCCAUUUCAUUUUUCUAUUCUUAUUACAUACUUCUACAAAUACCUCAAAUCUCAACUUUAUUCUAAUUUAUUAUCAUAAAAAAGACUCUUCUUGGUGAAAUCCUCUCCAUAUUUUUGUGUAAAAAUAAAAUCUUUUUCAUUCAUCAACAAUGACCUAUUCAUCAUCUAUUUUCCUCAACAACAACUUUUCUUCAAUUUCAUCAUCAACCCAUCUUCACCGUCCAUACAACAAUGCAAGAUCCAACGGUAUUAGAAUCACCUCUUGCCUUAACAUGGAAGUGCAAGCACAGGAUAUUUCCAACUCAGUAAUGGAACAAUCUAAUAAGGUAUUUGUGGGUACAUAUGCAAGGGCACCAUUAGUUUUGUCAAGUGGCAAAGGAUGUAAAUUGUAUGAUAUUGAAGGGCAAGAGUAUUUGGAUUUGACAUCUGGUAUUGCUGUAAAUGCACUUGGACAUGGUGAUCCUGAUUGGAUUAAAGCUGUUACUCAACAAGCUAAUAUACUUACACAUGUUAGCAAUCUUUAUUAUACUCUACCUCAGCUGGAGCUUGCAAAACGCCUUGUUGCUAGUUCUUUUGCAGACCGUGUUUUCUUGUCAAACUCUGGAACGGAAGCAAAUGAAGCUGCAAUUAAAUUUGCAAGGAAGUUUCAGAGAUUCUCGCAUCCCGAUGAGAAACAACCUCCUGUGGAGUUUAUUGCUUUCUCCAAUUGCUUCCACGGAAGGACCAUGGGUGCUGUUGCUUUGACAAGCAAAGAACAUUACAGGUCACCUUUUGAACCUGUAAUGCCAGGAGUUACUUUCCUGGAGUAUGGCAAUGUUCAAGCAGCAAAAGAACUAAUUCAGAGCGGUAAAAUAGCUGCUGUGUUUGUCGAACCAAUCCAAGGUGAAGGUGGCAUAUAUAGUGCAACAAAAGAAUUUUUACAAGCACUGAGGACUGCCUGUGAUGGUACAGGUUCUCUUCUUGUCUUUGAUGAGGUUCAAUGCGGCCUAGGAAGAACUGGUCAUCUUUGGGCGCACGAAGCUUAUGGCAUAAACCCAGAUAUAAUGACUCUUGCAAAGCCUCUUGCAGGAGGUUUACCAAUUGGAGCAGUGUUAGUAACUGAAAGAGUUGCUGCUGCCAUCAAUUAUGGGGAUCAUGGUAGCACAUUUGCUGGCGGUCCUCUUGUUUGCAAUGCUGCAGUUGCUGUGCUGGACAAGAUCUCCGAACCAGGUUUCCUUGCCAGUGUCACAAAGAAAGGUAAAAAUUUCAGGGAAUUGCUUGUUAAGAAAUUAGGAGGGAACUCGCAUGUGAGAGAAAUAAGAGGCGCGGGGCUUAUUAUUGGGAUAGACCUUGAUGUACCAGCAUCUCCGCUGGUUGACGCAUGUCAACAAUCUGGCCUGCUUGUAUUGACGGCGGGAAAAGGAAAUGUUGUGAGGCUUGUACCUCCAUUGACCAUCACAGAGCAAGAGUUGGACCAUGCAGCUGAGAUCUUAUUCAAUUGUUUGCCUGUACUAGAUAAGACCGCCAAGAACUAGAAUUGAAUGAAAGGUUUUCUUGCAUGUUCGCUUUUAUGUGGAGCUUCAAAGGAUCGUAUGCAUUGCUGAUGUAGAUCACAUUCAUGAGAAGUAAGGAAGUGUAUCUGUAUGUAAUAUUAAAGGUAUCAUCUUCUCAUGUUUUACCAGAUUGCGUCAUUCUGUUGGCUGAAGAUUCAUUUAGGAGCAAUUGGUUAUCGUUAAUACAGUUGAUCUUAGUUCUUGCUUCA